UUUAUUAUUUUAUAUCGUGUGUUUACUCUUUGACUACAGCUCUCUUCGACUUCUUGAUCGAACCUAAGCAAGUCUCUUAGCUACGCGUUUGCAGUUUGAUCGCCGACCCGAGGUAUAUUGGGAAUAAAGGAGAUUGUGGUUACUAAGCAAAAGAAUAAGAUGAGUGGAAUUGGAGAGAAAGCUUCUGGAGGAACUAAGACACCUGCUGAUUUCUUGAAGUCUAUCCGUGGUAGACUAGUUGUUGUCAAGCUCAACUCUGGUGUUGAUUACCGAGGUGUUCUUACUUGUCUUGAUGGGUACAUGAACAUAGCUAUGGAGCAAACGGAGGAGUACGUAAAUGGCCAGCUAAAGAACAAGUAUGGCGAUGCUUUCAUUCGUGGAAACAACGUUCUUUACAUCAGCACAACGCAGGGGAAUUUGGCAGAUGGAGCCUAGCUCUCUUUAUCACCACCAUGAAUGGGGAUCAUCUUCUUCUUCUACCUCUAGCAUUUGACAAUGUUAGCAUUUAUAGCAACCGGAGAUUUAUUAUAUCAUCUCUGUAUCAUCAGUUCAACAUGUCUUUUUUUUUUCUUGCAACUCAGCUUGGGUCUAUGGAACAUCUUUAAAAUUCUGAGAGAGAACCUGUACCCUUAUUUGAUAACAAAAGGAACCUCUUAAGCAUCGCUGUUCCCUUAUUAUUAGUCUUCGGAGCCAAUUUUACAACG